AUGAACAACACGCAACUCGAUGAAGACGAACCUAUCAACAACAAUACAAGUUUAAAUUCAAUUACCACAACAACGGAAUCACAAAACAGUACAAGCUCUUUGGAAUAUCUGACUCAAUCACAACAGCCCUCCGAUUCUGAUUCCGAUGAAUUUCUUUGUCCAGAAUGUAAGAAGGGAUUUACUUCUCAUAAAGGCACCAACAAAACCAUUCAACAAUUAAUUCGGAAUAAUAUGAUUGCUUGCGAUAUUUGUAAUCGGUGGUAUCAUUUAUUGUGUUGUUCCGAUCAGUUAUACAAUUCUGCACAAACGGGCGAUUUGAAAGAACGUGUUGAAUUAAUUUUCAGAAAAUCUGUAAAGGCUGUUGCAUUGAAUCAUCAUGAUGAAAAUGGUACAAUAGAAAAUGACGAGGAAAUGCAUUCAAAUCCAAACUCACAAAUUGAAAAAGAUAUUACUGUAAAUAGUGCGGAUGAUGCUAAUCGUUCAAUAUCAUGGAAUGAGAAUGAACAUUCAUCAUCUAAUUUUGAUAUGGAAUUGGAAUUACGAAAAAUUGAAUCACAAAUUCAAUCCAUACCAUUUUUCAUUUGUUCACGAUGUUUGGAAACAAGAAAUUUGUACAACAUUGCGAAUACUAUACUGCAUUCGUCAGAAGAAGACCACUCGGUGAAAACAAUACCUUAUUUUCAAGAUGAAAUACGUGAUCCUUUUCUGUUUUUUGAAAAGUAUUCGUUGCAAGAUGAGUUAGAACAAGAUACAUCCUCAACUGAAAAAAAAUCCUCAAAUGUGUAUUAUAUCAUUACCAAAGCCAACAACGAAGAUCAAAUUCGAAGAUUUUCAUAUUGUAAUUUUUUAGCGACACGAGAAGAUGCUCGAUUUAUUGCAACGUCGAAAGUCACUUUCCAACAAAUGGUAGAAUGUUCCAAAAGAAAUAUUCAAAACUCUAUUAAGAAGAGUUUGGAGCUUCUAUUGUCCCAUUACUACAAUGGCACCAUGGAGGAUGAAAAUAGUUUCAAUAGUCAAAGCAGUGAGUUAGCUUCGCCGUCUCCCUCUUCUAGCGCUACAACAACGAUUACGGAAACCCCUAACAACACAAAAUUUUCUCCCAUGAGCUAUCAACAUCAUUUGUUAGAUAUCAUCAAAGAAAAGGCCUUAGAGAGUUGUAUUCGACCUGAGAAUGAAGCAUUUAUUUUACUGAGAGUACAAGUCCAAAAUGGUACACAGCAUUCGUCUGACAAGGAAGGUCACCAACAAAAUGUCAACCACUCGUCAAUAACGAACAACAACACAUGUGAAUGUAUUGGAUACUUUACAUGUUAUUUCGAAUUUUUGUCCAAGACAGUGAAAAAGUACACGUUGACGGAUGUGCAUUCCACUUUCAAGCAGCUAUUCAUCACUCCCAAAUAUCGAAAGAAAGGUCAUGCACAACGAAUGGUCAAAUUUUUCUUAACCCUCAGCUCCUUAUUACUGGACACCUCGAAAAUUGAGGGCUAUCGAUAUUUUUCAUCUCAUACCAGUAUUGAAUAUCCGAAUUAUUCCAUGUGCUCUCUUCUUGAACGAUUGGAUAUGAAUGUAGUGAAAAGGAUUCAACUAUUUUUUGAUUGGAAUGAUUUGGAUCGAGUGAAAGAACAAAAAAACAUGUCAGCAUUCACUCGAAGAAAAUCCAAAAGCAAUUUGGAUGAAAUACUCAUCGAGGAGGCCCAAUCAAAUUCCUCAUCAGAACACUCCUACAUGUCAGAUUCUGACGAAGAUCAUUCACACGAACAUUCUUCACCACUCAAACGUAAGCUUGAAACUUUUGUCAACUCAUCUGGAUCAGAAAACGAAAUCCAACAAGAUGAAAUAGCCAUGAAAAAACGAAAAUUUCAUGCUUCAUGUGAAGAAUUUGAGGAACACGGUCAUACUGAUCAUGAGAGACAGCCAAUUUCUUCUGAUUCCAUAAUCAAGAAGAAUAAGACAAAACGAAAUAUUCGACAUCGUAAAAGAGAUAUCAUACUUCUCGCAAAGGAACAUUUGGAGAAAAUGACCGGCUUGCAUAAUACCAAAAAGUCCAUCAUUGCAUUUUUAUUUAAAACAAAACGUUCAGAACAAGAAGAAAGCGUUACAAAUGUUGCCAUUACACCAACCUUUCGAUUAGAGAUUUUUCUUCCUUUGCAUUCUUUCAAUUUUGAUUUAAUUGAUGAGAAAGAGUUCAAGGUAGAAUUUAUGUGA